GAGGAUUGACUUGUAGGAGACUUGCAAAAGGUGUUGCUCUUAUAAAUGGAGGGCCAGCCUCUUUCAGGUUAUGCACAAUUAUACAAUUACAGUCUUGAAAAUACAGAACAGAUGGCAGAGUGUACUGUCGUUUUUGUGCUGGACAAGAUAACAAUCUUGUUAGAGGCAAAAGUGGUACUGCUGCACGGGCUCAAGGACGAAAUUGAAUACAUCAAGGAUGAACUGGAAAGGGUGAUAGCUUUCCUUGGAGUUGCUGAUACUGUGGAAGAUGCUGAUGCAGAGAUCAAGGUCUGGGUUAAGCAAGUCCGAGAUGUUGCAUAUGACAUUGAAGAUACCAUUGAUGAGUUCUUGCUCCUCGUACCUGCUGAGCAUCAGUCUAGUAGAUUCUGUGGCUUCCUGUGGAGAUUCUUUUUCUCCAUUAGGAACUUGAAAUCACAGCAAAGGGUUGCUUCUGAAAUCCAAAGCAUCAAAUCCAGGGUGCGCAACAUUGCAGAGGGACAUCAGAGGUACCGUUACAGGUAUCAUGUCCCGGACCAAGUCUCGAGUACAAGUCAUGCUUAUGAGAUAGCAAAUGACCGUCGAAGUGAUGCACUUCUAUUGGAGGAAGAUGAGAUUGUGGGAAUUGAAAACCCCAGAAAAGAGCUAAUUAGCUUGCUUCUGAAGGAUGAUCCUACACUCAAAGUGAUCUCUGUAGUCGGAAUGGGUGGUUCUGGCAAAACCACUCUGGUGAAAAUGGUAUAUGAUGAUGUGAAGAAACAUUUCCAGAGCCAUGCCUGGAUAACAGUUUCUCAGACAUUCAAGGUUGAAGAGGUCUUGAAAGACAUGAUUCAGCAGCUGUUUGCAGAACUAAAGCAACCAGUCCCGGAAGGAAUGGGCUCAAUGAAUGCAAACAAGCUGAAAGUGAUUGUGAAAGAGUUCCUGUUAAGGAGGAAGUAUGUUAUUGUCUUUGAUGAUGUUUGGACUGCUCGAGUUUGGGAAGCUAUUAAACAUGUGUUACCUAAGGAAAAGCAUGGCUGCCGUGCCAUGAUUUCAACACGUCUUAUGGAUGUAGCUUCUUCUUCUAGCACUGAUACAAACGGCUAUAUUUAUGAGAUGACACCCUUGUCUGAAGAAGUGUCUUGGGCCCUCUUGUGCCGGAAGGCAUUUCAUGCGAGCUCAUGCCCGUCACAUUUAACGGAGAUUUUAAAGCAAAUCUUGAAAAGAUGUGGGGGAUUGCCUCUUGCAAUUGUGGCCAUUGGUGGUGUUUUGGCAACCAAGAACAAGACCAACAUCAAUGAAUGGGGAGCCCUUUAUCACAGCCUUGGCCCGGAUUUUGAAGGCAAUGAUCAAUUUGAAAGCCUGAGAAUUAUUCUGCUUCUGAGUUUCAAUGAUCUGCCUCAAUAUCUUAAACUGUGUUUUAUGUAUCUGAGCAUCUAUCCAGAAGAUCAUUUGAUUGAGCACAAUUCUCUGAUUUAUCAGUGGACAAUGGAGGGCUUUGUGAAGCAAAAAGCGGGAAAGACAGUAGAAGAAGUUGCAGAAGGCUAUCUCUUUGAACUCAUAAAUAGAAGCUUGAUCCUUCCUGUGAAGCUCAACGAUGAUGGAAGCAUGAAGCAGGGUCGAAUCCAUGAUCUUUACCGAGAGAUCAUCCUUUCAAAAUCAACAGAUCACAAUUUUGUCACCACAAUCGAUGAAGAGACUGCAGCAUGGCCUGAGAAAGCCCGGCACUUGUCAGUCCAUGGCACAUUGGGCAAUGCACAAAUGAAAAGGCAAGGAACUAAACUUCGAUCUUUGCUUACAUUUAAUGUGACAGAUUCUCAGUUCUCGUCACACGUCGUUCAAAUACUUAGUAGCUGUAGGGUUAUCAAAGUUUUGGACUUACAAAGCACUUCUUUAGAAAUAGUUCCUGAAGAAAUUUUCCAAUUGCUUCACUUAAGAUAUCUAAGUUUGAGAAGUACAAAGGUGAAAGUGCUUCCAAGGUCAAUUAAGAAGCUCAGAAUGCUAGAGAUAUUGGAUCUCAAGUAUACAUUUGUUACUGAGCUGCCAGUUGAGAUCUUAAAGCUUCAACAUUUGCGACACCUUAUAGUCUAUUCCCAUGUAUCAUUUGCAUAUCUACCAUAUAAUUGUUCCCCAGGGUUUAAGGCACCAAAAGGGUUAGGAAAGUUGGGAUCUUUAGAGAAACUUGUGUAUGUUGAGGCUAACCCUGGUAAUGGCACAAUAGAAGAAAUAGGGAAACUAAAUGAGCUGAAGAGACUCUGCAUUCUGAAGUUGAGAACUGAAGAUGGUAAAGCUGUGUGCUCAUCCAUUGAGAAGCUCCUGAAACUUCGAUCGUUGAAUCUGAAAUCAAUAGAAGAGGAUGUGGUCCUAGAUGUCAAUUACCUUUCUUCGCCUCCCCCUCUUCUUCAACGCCUUUACUUGUCAGGAUACAUGGGGAAGAUGCCACAUUGGAUAAAGUCUCUUCGUAACCUGGUCAAAAUAUACUUCCGGUGGAGUAAACUCAAGGAUGACCCGCUUGAACAUCUUCAAGAUUUGCCUAAUCUUGUCCAUCUUGAAUUUCUUGUGGGCUAUACUGGAGAACAUAUGCACUUCAAUGCUGGGAAGUUCCAAAGCCUAAGACUGUUGAAUCUGGAUAAGUUAGAAGAGCUGAGAAAUGUGGUGAUUGGGGAGGGUGCAAUGCCACAUCUUGAGAAGCUGGUUAUUCAGAGAUGUAAUCAGCUGGCAAGCGUGCCUGCGGGAAUCGAGUGUCUCUUCAACCUGAGGUACCUUGAAUUUUUCGAUAUGACUGAUGAUUUCAUCUCGACGUUCCUUCCAGAUAAACGAGGUGAAGAUUAUUGUAAAGUUUCACACAUUUCUGAGGUUUAUUAUACAUACUGGAAAGAUGGUUGCUGGGAGGUGAACUCAGUCCAGGAGACCUCUAGUGGUCCUGAAACUGCUGUUAAGAUCUCUGGACGGCGCAAUUCCCUAUAGUUCUCUACUCAUGGAGCUAAAAUGGUAUCACCAUUUUUGGAGAAGAUCAUUGUUCAAGGAUGAAUUGAAGCUUGCUGGAGAGAGUACAUGAAGCAUAUUGAUGGGGUAUUAUACACACUUGAGCCAGUACAUGCUAGCCAGCCCAGAGUGGCAUUUGCAAUAAAAGGAUGGAGGAAUUGGCUCUGGUGUUCUCUGUUGCAUCAUCCUACAUGCAUAUAUCAUGUUUCUCAUUUGUCUUCCCAAUCUUUAACUUUGUCUGUUGCAUGUCUCAUAUGUUGUCUACUUUCUUGUAAUAAUGUACUUUUGAUUGAUGUUUGGCUUAUGUAA